AUGGAGGCCGAAAUCAGAAACGUCCUCCCCAAUAUCGACCCUGUACUUUCCGAGUACUCUGUGGGUUAUCUGUCUCAUGCCUCAACCGCUUACGCCGACGAGGACGCCACCGACUCUCCACUCUCCGAGGCUGCGUUGGCGAUCACCCAGCUGCUCAUCUCCGCCUCCGGGAACCCAGAUGCUAAGCUCCAGCAGAAGAUUGAGCAGUUGGUGGAGAAGUGGGUAAACACCUACAGCUCUGCCAAUGGCUCUGAACGAAAAGGGCCCUCUGCUGUGAAGCGCCUCGACCAGACUGUUCAUGUCGGGUCCGCUAGGAACAUGUCGUCGACACUGGCUGUGUCGACAGGAGCUGUUGAUCUGGAAUCCGCCAACGAAGAAGUUGGAAAAGCAGAGCGCAAAAUCGCUGCCAAGCAGCAGAAGAAGACAUUCAAGACUGUCGAGUACGAAGCUUCGAAGCUUCUUGAGCAGCCGGAGUCCACCCAGUCUUACGAAGAGUUCUACAUGGCUGUCAACCCCUUGCAGCUCGGAGCUUCGGCAGGCGCAGGCAAGACCAAGGACAUCAAGCUGGACAACAUCGACGUCUCUAUUGGUGGCCUCCGUAUUCUUACCGAUACCAACUUCACCCUGGCGUAUGGACACCGUUAUGGUUUGGUUGGUAACAACGGUGUUGGUAAAUCGACAUUGCUACGCGCUUUGGCGCGGCGAGAGCUUCCCAUUCCCCCUCAUAUCUCGAUUCUUCACGUUGAGCAGGAGAUCACGGGAGAUGACACACCUGCGCUGCAGGCCGUGCUCGACGCUGACGUGUGGCGUAAAGUCUUGCUCAAGGAGCAGUCGGAAAUCACUGAAAGGCUUGCAGAGAUUGAAUCUCAGCGAGGCUCCAUGGCAGACACGUCUGCUGAUGCCGCCAAGCUUGAUAGGGAUCGCGAAGUUCAGGACCAGAGGCUCGGUGACAUCCAGGCCAAGCUCGCGGAGAUGGAAUCAGACAAGGCCGAGCCGCGUGCUGCGAGCAUUCUGGCUGGUCUUGGUUUCUCCGCUGAACGCCAGCAGUAUGCGACCAAGACGUUCUCGGGUGGUUGGAGGAUGCGUCUGGCUCUGGCGCGUGCGCUGUUCUGCGAGCCUGAUCUCCUCCUUCUCGACGAACCGUCCAACAUGUUGGAUGUUCCGUCCAUCACCUUCCUUGCCAACUACCUCCAAGGAUACCCGAGUACUGUGCUUGUUGUCAGUCACGACAGGGCCUUCCUCAACGAAAUUGCGACCGACGUCAUCCACCAACACUCACAACGCCUGGACUACUACCGCGGUGCCAACUUCGACACAUUCUAUGCCACAAGAGAGGAGCGAAAGAAGACAGCGAAGCGGGAAUACGAGAACCAAAUGGCCCAGCGCGCUCACUUGCAGGCCUUCAUCGACAAAUUCCGUUACAAUGCCGCCAAGUCGUCUGAAGCGCAGUCCCGUAUCAAAAAGCUCGAGAAGAUGCCCGUACUGGAACCGCCCGAAGCAGAGUACAGCGUCAAAUUCAUCUUCCCAGAUGUCGAGAAGUUGUCGCCGCCCAUUAUCCAAAUGUCUGGUGUGACAUUUGGCUACUCACCCGACAAGAUCUUGCUUCGCAACGUAGACCUCGACGUUCAGCUAGACUCGCGUAUCGGCAUUGUUGGUCCCAACGGCGCUGGUAAGACGACAGUUCUCAAGCUGCUCAUCGGCCGCUUGUCACCAACAACAGGUAUCAUCACGCAGCACCCUCGUCUUCGGGUCGGCUUUUUCGCUCAGCAUCACGUCGACGCACUGGAUCUUACCACAAGCGCUGUGAGCUUCAUGGCCGCUAACUACCCUGGCAAGACGGACGAGGAAUACCGGCGGCAGCUCGGCGCGUUUGGUAUCAAGGGUACUACGGGUCUUCAGAAGAUGGGUCUCCUGUCUGGUGGUCAAAAGUCGCGUGUCGCUUUCGCAUGCCUCGCUUUGACCAACCCUCAGAUCCUGGUUCUUGACGAGCCUUCUAACCACUUGGAUAUCGAGGCUAUGGAUGCUCUUUCCGAGGCGCUGAACCAGUUCCAGGGCGGUGUCCUCAUGGUGUCUCACGACGUGACGAUGCUGCAGAAUGUGUGCACGUCGCUAUGGGUCUGCGACGCCGGCACCGUGGAGAAGUUCCCGGGAGACGUUCAGGCGUACAAGAAGCGUAUCGCUGCGCAGGCGGACGCUGCUGGUGUCGUCAAGGCCCAUUAA